CAAAUUGAAAUACAUUUUUCUUCGAACAAACACACGUGUUCCUCCCAAAUCAGAAAAAUUGGAAUGAAAUUUUCCCACGACCUAAGUUCAGUGUCGCAGCCUCAACCAAUCGAAAACCUGAGUUAAGUGUCAUAGCCUCAACCAAUCGAAAACCUAAGUCAACCAUCGCGUGCAGCGAUCUCCGUCGCGCCGUCCGAUCUCUGUCGCGCCGUCCGAUCUCCGUCGCGCCCUCCCAUCUCCGUCGCACCCUCCCAUCUUCGUCGCGCCAUCACCGUCACGCCGUCGCGCCAUCUCCGUCGGCGUUGUCUUCUUCGCUUCAUCUCAGUCGUGUUGUCUCUGUUUCCCCUUUCUGUCGUCGCGCCAUCUCCUUUUGUGGCGAUUCGGACAUUGCUAUCGAAGGGUGUUGCCUCUAUUUCCUAUCCUGGUUGUUGCUCCCACUUGGAGCAGGGGAGAAAUGGCUCUAGAAAAUCCAUUUUGGCUCUAAAUUGAGAAGGUAAUUUAAAUGUACUUUUAAAGAGGGUGGAAAAGCUGUCUGUAAAGAGAAAAGGAUUCUGUGUUUUCUGUCCUUCGUCUUUUUCUUCAUAGUUGAUUAUGUGUUUUUUAGUAAGAAAUAUCACCUUUCCCAAUUUGAUAGGGAUUUGAAUUGCUAAAAUUCAGAGGCUUCUGUUGUAAAUACGCGCAAAACAAUUAAAUCUUAGGAUGAAAGUUAUUUAAAAUGGAUAAGCUAUAUGCUCUUCUGAGUGGUGUUUAGUAGUUAACUAAAAAGAUAGCUAGAAACCAGUAAACUAGCAUAUUUACCUAUAAGUGUUUUAUUCCAUAAUUAAAAAGUAAUGUAAAAAAUUAUAAUUAUAUAUUUUUUAUAUAAACUUUUUUAGACGUUUUUUUUUUGCUUAUUGAUGUUUGAGUUUUAUGCAAAUCUUGAAUUCUCAUGAUUUUACAAUUCUGAGACAUUUUUUUGCAUCCUUAUAUUUCAUGAUAAAAAUAGAAAAGGAACGUCAAUGAGUUUAUAUGUAUUAUUAUUUUAAAAGAGAAGCUAUUAACCACUAGUGUGGUAAGCCACACAUUUCCAUUUUGUUAAAAUCAUGCAUGGAUUCAUCUUUUCUACAAGUUCUCUAAAAAUAGAAGUAUUAUUUCAGAGUGAGUUGGGGUGUAUUGUACUUUCACAGUUUUAUCGUCUGUGCCCAGUGGAAGUUCCCCAUUUAUUAGUGCUUAUGGCUUAAAGUGAGCACAUGCUUAUGACUACAACUGUGCAUUUUUCUUAGACAUGGAUCGUACUGCACCACUGGCUCUUAAAGUGGCUAAAAGAACAAAAGGUCUAGCUGCAAGGAUGUCUCCCCUAAGUUAAAUUAUGACAAUUAUAGUUGAAAGAAUAGCCUCCUCUAUUAUGGUUAAUGCUUUCUUGCACUUCGAUAUUUGUUUAAUUAUCAGAUAUCAUAAUUUUGUUCAGCUAUUAAAGGUAAAAGGUACAUUCAUUGAGUUUUGAUAUCCAUGAAAAUGGAUACACUGUUGCUCCUUCCUACUUUGCAUACUAUUUUUCUGGUUACUUAUUUAUUUGUCAAAGUUGACAUGAUAAUUUAAAUAUAUUCUCUACUAUUUUUUAACUGUAAUAUCUAAUAGUCUUUUUAUAAUACAUUAUGUGUAUCUUUAUUAGUAUCUUUAUUAGUAUCUCCUUUCAAUUUUAGAGCACAUUAAUUUACCAUAUUUCUUAUUUAGUUAUUGGUGAACCAUAUUUCUUAUAUUCUUCUAUGUUUUAUAAGUGUUUUUGUAUUUUAUAAAAUACUCAUUGUCAAUUUUGUUUAGGUAUCUAUUUCAAUGGAUAAAUCUUGGAUUGUUAAACCUCGGAAUACAAUUGAAUAUUCAAUUGGUUUAAAAAAAUUCUUAGAUUUUGCUUUUGAAAAUGGGGCUGUUGGAGAUACAAUUAAAUGUCCAUGUCCCAAAUGUGGGUUUAUGAAAUGGCAAACUAGAGGCGUAGUUGAGGAGCACUUGAUUUUAAAAGCAUUUCCCAAAAAUUAUGUUAUAUGGAAUCUUCAUGGUGAGAAACAAAUAGAAGAUAUUUCUAGUAAUGAAGAUGAUAUACAAUAGGCAUUUCAUUAUGAAAAUCCAAUGGAAACAAUGAUCAAUGAAGCAUUUGGGCACUAUAGGCAAGAAGGUACUAAUCUAGGCAGAACACAACCAUUGGGUGUAGAUGAUGUUUUGAAUGAAAGGCCAAAGGAGGAUCAUAAUGAGUUUAUUGAGUUUCUCAAUGAUGGAAAUCAAACAUUGUGUGACGGGAGCAAGUACACAAAAUUAGAGUUUGUAAUCAAAUUAUAUCAGAUCAAGGUUUUGUGUGGAUUAAGUGACAAGGCAAUGACUAUGAUCCUAGAUUUGUUAAAAGAUGCAUUUAAUGAAGCAAACUUGCCUCUUUCUUUUUAUGAGGCUAAGAAAACCAUCAACAAACUUGGUCUUAACUAUACCAAAAUAGAUGCAUGUCUGAAUGAUUGUAUGUUAUAUUUAAGAGAUGAUGAAAAAGAUUUGCAAACAUGCAAACAUUGCGGUACAUCUAGAUGGAACCCAAAAAAGAAAAAAAAGCAACCUGCAAAAGUUUUGCGUUACUUUCCAUUAAAACCAAGAUUGCAAAGAUUGUUUAUGUGUUCUAAGACUGCAGAGCAUAUGAGAUGGCAUUCUUUAGAGAACAAGGAUGGGUUCAUAAGGCAUCCAAGGGAUGGUGAGGCAUGGAAAAUAUUUAGUUUAUUGCAUCCCGAGUUUGCUUCUAAUCCUCGAAAUGUUCGUUUAGGCCUUGCUAGUGAUGGUUUUAAUCCUUUUGGUACUAUGAGUUCUACUUAUAGUAUUUGGCCAGUGUUUUUAAUUCCAUACAAUCUUCCACCAUGGAUAUGUAUGAAGCACACUUCAUUGAUCCUAUCCAUGAUCAUUCCAGGCAAGCAAAUGCCAGGAAAUAAUAUUGAUGUGUACUUACAACCCCUUGUGGAUGAGUUACGUGAGCUAUGGAAUGAUGGUGUGGAGACCUUUGAUUCUUCAUUGAAUGAAACUUUUAGGAUGCGAGUAGCUCUUAUGUGGACAAUUAGUGACUUUCCUGGCCUAGGCAUUUUAUCUGGUUGGAACACACACACAGGUUUAGCUUGCCCUACUUGUAACUUUGAUGCAAAACCUUGUCGUCUUCCUUAUAGUAAGAAGUGGUGUUUUAUGGGGCAUCGUCGCUUUUUGAGUAGAAACCAUAGAUUCAGAUUGAAUCGUGUUCGCUUUGAUGGAAGCACUGAAACAAGGAAUCCACCACUAAAAUUAUCAGGAUCUGACAUUUUUAGGCAAGUUGAAAAUAUUAAUGUUACAUUUGGGAGAGGAGUAAUUUUGGAUGGUAGAGGAAAAAGAUCUAGAGAAGAAGUUAAACAAUGGAAAAAAAGAAGCAUUUUCUUUGAACUUCCGUAUUGGGAGUCUAAUUUGUUACGCCAUAAUUUAGAUUUCAUGCAUAUUGAAAAAAGUGUAUUUGACAAUUUGGUGUAUACUUUGUUAAAUGAAAAGCCUAAAUCCAAAGACAAUGUAAAUGCUAGGAAAGAUUUAAAGGAAAUGGGCAUAAGAGAGGAUCUUUGGCCAGAUGAUAAUGGAAGAUAUCACCUUGCUUUAUUUUCACUAACUCGUGAUACCAAAAAGUUGUUUCUCAAAACAUUGAAAAAUGUUAUAGUACCGGAUGGUUACUCAAGUAACAUUUCUAGAUGUGUUGAUGAGGUGCAACAAAAAAUAUUCGGGCUAAAAAGUCACGAUUGCCAUAUUAUUAUGGAGCAAUUACUACCGCUGGCAAUACGUAAUUUGUUACCAAACCAUGUCACUGCAACCUUGGUGGAGUUUUGCUCAUUUUUUAAAGUCCUUUGUAGUAAAAGUUUAAAUCCACAAGAACUUGAAAUGCUUCAAGAUCGCAUUGUGCUAACACUUUGCCACUUAGAGAUGUUAUUCCCACCAUCAUUCUUCACAGUUAUGGUUCAUUUAACUGUCCAUCUGGUAGAGGAAGAAAAACUUGGAGGUCCAGUUCAUUAUCGAUAUAUGUAUCCUAUAGAAAGGGAAUUAGGUCAUUUAAAGACCUUUGUACGAAACAAGGCAAAACCAGAAGGUUCUAUAGCUGAGGGAUACUUAGCUGAAGAGUCUCUUACCUUUUAUUCUAGAUACAUUGAAGAUAUAGAGACAAGGUUCAAUAGACCAAGACGUGUUUGUGAUAAAACAGGUGAUAAUGAGCCUUUUCUGUCAUCUAUCUUCCCACAAGGUGGGAAGCCAGUAGGAGGUUCCUCGAAUUUUACUUUAACUCAAAUGCAAAAACUACAAGCCCAUCGAUAUGUGCUUUUAAAUUGUCCAAUAGUCACACCAUUUGUUGAUGAAUUUAGACAACUAAUAAAAAGAAGUUCAAGGGGAAGGCGACCUUCAACCACUGAGUUCGAAACUAGAGUGUUUAAAGAGUUUGUUGAUUGGUUUCAAAGGCGAGUAGGUUAUCAAAUAGUACACUUUCUGUUAUUUACUAUGUUUUCUUUCAAUUAUGGCUAACAUAACUUCUUUAUUUAGAUUAUGAAUCCAGAAACAACAAAUACAAUGUCUAAUGACUUAAAGUUUCUAGCACGAGGUCCAUUGGAAAAUGCUAACAGAUUUACUACGUACAACAUCAAUGGGUUUAAAUUUUGAACAUUGACUCGAGAUGAGGGAUUGAGAACACAAAAUAGUGGUGUGUUUUUAACAUCUAAUACAGCUUGUGUAUCAAGCAGUGUUGACAGGAACUUAAGACAAGUGGACUUAUCCUAUUAUGGAAAGUUGGAGGAUAUCAUUGAGCUUAAUUAUUAUGGUCAAUUCAAAGUUGUUCUUUUCAAGUGUAAGUGGGCAGAUACUACACGAGAAAGAGGAUAUAAAAAGGAUCAAUGGAAUUUUAAUUGUGUUAACUUUGAUAGACUAAUUCAUAUUGGAGAUCGUGAAGAACAUGAACCUUAUAUUUUGGCAUCUCAAGCACAAAUGGUAUAUUAUGUAGAUGAUGUGGUCAAUAAAGGAUGGAGUGUUGUUGUGCAUUUAAAGCCAAGAGAUUUGUAUGAAAUGGGAGAAAUAGUAGAAGAGGUAUAUGAAAAUGAGUCAUACCAAGAUCAAGAGCUAGAGAAAUUUUAUAGUAAUGACAAUGAAUAUGUGCAAUUGGCUACAAACCAUUUAGAUGGUGAUAUCCCUGACUCAAAUGUAUGAGUUGAAAAAAUAAUUAGUAAUAAAUUUUAUCU